GAGUACUGCAGCACGGAGGCGUGGGACAGCUUCCGUCAGAGCUACCAGGCGGUCCACGGCUGCAUGUCUCUCGCCGUCUGCGUCUUCGGCUCCGUGGCCAACGUCAUCAACAUGGUGGUGCUGACCCGACGCUCCAUGGUGUCCCCCACCAACGCCAUCCUGACGGGGCUGGCGGUGACGGACCUGCUGGUGAUGGUGGAGUACAUCCCCUACACCAUGCACCAGUACGUGUGGCAGAGCCGCCCACUGGCCUCCCGGUACUCGUGGGGAUGGGCGGUGUUCGUGCUCUUCCACGCCCACUUCGCCCAGGUCUUCCACACCAUCUCCAUCUGGCUGACCGUGACUCUGGCGGUGUGGCGUUACAUCGCCAUCGCUUUCCCGCAGAAUAACACCACCUGGUGUUCCAUGAGGCGCACCCACGCCGUCAGCUUGGCCGCCUUCUUCUGCUCUAUCGUCUGCAACAUCCCUAAUUACCUCAACUUCACCAUCAGCAAGAUAGAGCACAGGGGCCAGACGCUCUACAUCGUGAACUUCAGCCACCUGGCGCUGGCUCACGGGGGCUUCCUCAAGAGCAUUAACUUCUGGAUAUAUGCGGUGAUGCUCAAGCUGCUGCCAUGUGGCGCUCUCACCAGUCUCUCCUUCGCGCUCAUCCAGGAGCUGCUGCGCGCUGCCAGACGACGCGCGCAGCUCAUGAAGAACACGUCAGGUCGCGGCGCAGACGCAGAGAAGCAAGCAGAUCGGGUCACCAAGAUGCUGCUGGGCAUCCUGGUGCUGUUCUUGGCGUCUGAGGUUCCUCAGGGCAUCCUGGGCCUCCUGACUGUCAUUCCUGACUCCGGAUUCUUCCCCUGCUACCAGAAGCUGGGCGAGAUCAUGGACAUGUUGGUGCUCUUCAACAGCGCCAUUAACUUCCUGCUCUACUGCGCCAUGAGCCAACAGUUUAGGGAUACCUUCAGCGAGCUCUUCAAGCACUGGUGCUGCGUCCCCGUCAUGACGAUAAGGACGUCGCGGCAGACUCCGAACUGGAAAGCGGCGCCGUCCACUACCGACCCAGGCACGGAGAGCAACAACACUUGCAUUACACAUGUUUGAACAUCCUCACCUCUGCUGGAAAACUUACAGAGAACACGUCUGCAUUCGCAAUCGCCACAGGUAAUAAACACAAUACCUGUACGACAACGAAACCUGAAAUCUCACAUCUGAUUACAAGGGUUAAAUGUAAAACUAUACUUGCAACGAGUUCCCCAUUGCUAUAAGAGGGCAUAAUAGACGAAAAAUAAUGUAUCCAUGCUCAAAAACUUAACUUAUAAAAAUGGUAAUGAUAUUAAAUCUUUUGACAAGUAUUGUGUGACAAUGCUGUGUGACAUUGUCAAAACACUGAAGCCCAGGACACAUAUAACUGUCUAAAUCAAGUUGCUCGUUCGCCUGAUAUAGGUAACUCCGACAGAAAUGAUGAAAAGCAGCUACAAGACCAACAGCUAAGAACAGCAUCAGCCAAGUUUUGUAAUGUGUCCUUUCCAGAAUUCCAGUUUCACUAUCAAUCAAAUUUCUAAAGACAAACACGGAACACUGGUGACGAUACGGAUUCUUGUGGGCAUUGUGGCAGAGUUUCCGCGUUGGUCUCUUGUAAGAUUUAAAGCACUAAGAUUUGUAGUACGUCGAACUAAGAUUCCUCAGACUUGGCUAGCUAGAUGUUCAUAGUCUGUAUUCAAACUGUUCAGUGCUUAUUUAAACAAAGUAAACUAUGUGGCAAGCGAAAGACAAGCGCAUAGUGAAAGACAGUGAACUGCUAUAUUAAACACGUGUGAACUGAACUGGAGAACAAUGGGUUUCUGGAUUGAAAUAGUUUAAACUCUCAUACUGAACACGUGAACGUUCACCUCGGACACGUAAAACCCUGUGAUGUGUACGUGCGUUGUUCAUCCUGAGAAUGAUAUUUCUCCUCGUAAACAGUGUUGACAACCU